ACCAAACAUGGUAUAACCAGUGGAAAGAGAAAAACAAUUCCUUCGGCCAAGGGACUGGUGAGGGCCCAACAGGCGGCAAGUAAAACAUUUCAAACAUGGCAUUCCAUUUGUUUCGCUUCCACACAGUGCACACACCGUCAUUUUCGUUUCUCCUGCUCUCUCUCCCAAACCCUAGCAAAACCUUUCCUGUUCGUGUUCGUGUUCCUGUUCCAGUUCCAGUUCCAGUUCUAGUUCCACCCAACCCAAUGUCUUGGACUUGCUCAAAAUGCACCUUUAACAAUCCCCCAUCGCAGAAAUCAUCGUGCCAGAUCUGCCAAUCUCCCUCUGCCCCCCCACCGUCAUCUCCCUUCUCCUCUUCUUCGUCUCCCUCCGCCCCGAAAUGGUCCUGUAGGGCCUGCACCUUCCUGAACCCAUAUCGCAACGCCAACUGCGAAAUCUGCGGCACGAGAGCCUCGGCCUCCUCUCUAUCGAGCUUCGAAGAGUUGGAUUGCGCGGGGCCCGAUGAGGAUUUGGACUCUUCGGUCGGGUCUGUUUUCUUGCCUUUGCAGCGUUGCAAGAGGAAGGAUCCGGAUGUGGCUGAGUCUUCUAUCGAAUUUGGUGGGUCGUCCAAGAAGGCGGUGGCCGUAAUGGAGGACACUAAUCCGGGCACAGUGUUGACUACCUUGAAGAUUUUGAGUUACAAUGUUUGGUUCCGAGAAGACCUGGAAAUGUAUGAGAGGAUGAAAGCAUUAGGUGACCUUAUUCAACUGUAUUCCCCAGACCUAAUUUGUUUCCAGGAGGUUACUCCUAAUAUCUAUGGGAUAUUUCAGCAAUCCAGUUGGUGGAAGGUAUAUCGGUGCUCAGUAUCAAAAGAGAUGGCAAACACAAGGCCGUAUUUCUGCAUGCAGCUAAGCAAGCUUCCAGUUAAAUCAUUCAGCUGUAAGCCUUUUGGCAAUUCUAGAAUGGGGAGAGAACUAUGCAUUGCUGAGUUUGAAGCGAACAAGCCAUUGGUUGUUGCCACUAGCCAUCUUGAGAGUCCCUGCCCGGGUCCUCCAAAAUGGGAUCAGAUGUAUAGCAAGGAACGUGUAGAUCAGGCAAAGCUUUCCCUCAACCUUCUUAAGAAUAACCCGAAUGUUAUUUUUUGUGGUGACAUGAACUGGGAUGACAAGUUAGAUGGGCAGUUUCCUUUGCCUCAUGGAUGGGUUGAUGCCUGGACAGAGCUAAGGCCUGGAGAAAAUGGAUGGACAUAUGAUACAAAGUCGAACCAGAUGUUGACUGGUAACCGGACACUGCAAAAGCGACUAGAUCGUUUUAUUUGUAGUCUGCGAGAUUUCACGUGUAGUGAUAUUGCUAUGAUAGGAAUGGAGGCAAUUCCAGGUCUAUCAUACUGCAAAGAGAAAAAAAUGAAAACCGAGAUGCGGAACUUGGUCCUCCCUGUUUUGCCUAGUGAUCAUUAUGGCAUACUCUUAACACUUUCUAGCAAGCAAUGUUGAGUUGAUUGAAACUACCCUCAGCAAGUCGAUGAUUCCCCUUUUGUGCUGCUUACAUGCUGUCGCACCCGACAUGCAGUGAUAAGAAAUGAUACAAAGACUUGUAAGUUGUAAUAUUUUGUGAGGCACUGCAUUCCUCAUUUUGUAUGAAAUGUCUUCAGUGGAAGUGAAGAGAUAUUAGAGAUCUCAUCCUUGAAUUUGGAAUUGCUUCAUUUUGUGUGAAAUGUCUUCAAUGGAAAUGAAGAAAUAUUAGAUAUCUCAUCCUUGAA